AUGAAAGGCGUCAAUUCACCACUUGCAGUCCAACGGCCCAAACAGUGCAGCCACGUCACGAAAAGUUCCAGCAUGGGCGAGAUUCGCAUCCCCAACAAUGGCAUGGUGCAGGAGAAGCAAUCUGGAAAUGGAAGCCAUGUCACAGGAAGCAAUUUCUCUCACCAGUACGUGGAAACAGACGGCCCUGACGGCUGGCGUGUGGAGCACCACAAAAAUGGCCGGGGAGACUAUGAACGUGUGGAAGCUGUGAGAGGCAACGGUAAGGUGAUUCGUGAAAAGGCUGCUGCCAAAAAUGCUGAAGAGCGUGUCUCUCACAGUUAUGAAAAUUCCUCCGGAUCUUACAACCUGCUGUUUGAUAAUUGUCAGCAUGCUUCAGACAGAGCAUAUCGCGCAGCAGAUCCUCCUUGGUCCUGCAUGAUAUUGUGA